AGGAUGCUGUCUGCUCUUCUACUCGCACACUCGCGACACUCGCCACAGUCACCUCAGAGAGCGUGACGUGGGCGCCCGUAGCCGCCCCACUCGCGCGCUGCUACUCACCUGAAGCUGCUCCCCUUCAUUUCCAUUUCCUCCUCCUGCCCAAUUCCCAACACUAUUUAUACAUCGCCAAAACCCGUAAAAGCUCUCACCUUUGCCACCGCAAAGCCACAGGGCAUUUACUGUUUCUCGGUGGACGUUAAUUAUGGGUAAGAGGAAGAGAACCGACGAUCGUCUCGUCACCGACCCUUCUCUUUCGUCUUCUUCACCUGCAGAAAGCAUGCCGUGCUCUUCUGUAGUGGAAUUAUCAUCUAGAAAAAAGUCUUCUCACUUCGUGGACUCUAACGAGAUGAAGCCCUUCACAUCAAGCAUGGAAAUGGAUAUUUCUUCUAAUCACUCUUCUCCCGUACAUCUUCGGCAAAAUCUUGGGCGUUCAAUGUUUCUGAAACGCUCACGUCACUGGUAUGGACACCAGAACUCAUGGCGUAACUCAGGUGCCCAUAUGAGUGCAACCACUUCUCAUGGGAAGACCCCACCCUCUUGGGAAGAGAGACUUAACUUCAAGUUGGCUAGUCGCUACAACUCAGACAACUGGCACUAUGCAGAUUAUAGAGACAGAGCCUUUAGCAGGCCAGAGAGGAUUAGGUCAGAUUCUGCCACAUUAGAUUCCGCCUCACUUGAAACGGCAAAGUUGCAAUGUGGGGUCUGCCAGAAACUGUUGAGGAGGAAGCCUUAUCUUCUUUCUGGCUCUCACUCAUCCUUGGAAAACUCUGUUGUGGCAGUUCUAGUAUGUGGACAUGUCUAUCAUGCAGAUUGUUUAGAGCAGAAGACGCCUCUUGAAGAGAAAUCUGACCCCCUAUGUCCCGUUUGUCUCAACUUACCCUCACCCGCUGAUGCCUUUAAAGGAGGGAGUGAAUGAUUGUACAGGAUCUUUCUAACAAAGAGGACUAGGUGCUUAUGCUGAGCAAGCUAGGAUAUUGUCGUAUAUAUGAUAGGUGAUAUAUAUGCACCAAAUAUCUCGAUGGGGCUUAUUAGGGGAAGUGCAUUGUUUCGAUAUAGCCUUAUAGGAUAUAGAAUUCUAGACUAUAAAUGUGUAUAUUGCGAGGAUGUAUUUAUCGGACACAUUGCGGCUUCGUGUUGUCUUAGCCCAUUUUGUGCGAAAACACAUAUUGCAGUAUCGACUGCUGUGCCUAAAAUGCAAACUCAGACCUCCUUGAUGGACUGAUUGCUGACCGCGAUUACACUAUUGAUCGAGGCGGAAGUGCAGGAAUGUUUUGUUCUGGAUGAAGGAGAAACAUCAUCAACGUGCCUGCAUUAUUUUGCAGAAAUCUUCUUGAUAUGUAAUCUGAUUUGAUGAAAUGCGGUUUCUACUGAGUUUGUCAAGAAAAUUAUGUGUGAAUACUGCGGCAUAAGAGAGCAUAUAAGUGGUGAAAGUUAAUUGCGAGUAUUGUGUUGAAAAGCUUAUUGUA